AUGUCAAAAGAAGACCAGUCUCCAGCCAAGUGGCAGGAUGUAUCGCAACGUAAAAAAGACGAACAGUAUGGACGCAUACCAGCAGACUGGAGGUUGAAGACCUUACCCGGGCCUCAUGUCAAAAGCUACAUGGAUAUACCACGAAAUUGUGGUUUGUUGAGCAAGGAAGAGUUGGAUAUAACAGAAAAAUAUGACGCCGUUGCUCUAGCCCAAGCAAUCAAGGAUAAACAAGUCAAGUGUGUAGACGUCACAAGAGCCUUCUGCAAGAGAGCAGCGAUCGCCCAUCAACUCACCAACUGCCUCACAGAAAUUUUCUUUGAUGACGCACUAAAACGAGCCCAAGAGCUUGACCAUCACUUGGCAUCUGGAAACCCUCCCCUCGGCUUCCUCCACGGCGUGCCCAUUUCACUCAAAGACACUUUCAAGGUCCGUGGCUACGAUGCAUCCAUCGGCCUUGCAGCUCUGUGUUUCAAGCCUGCACAGGAAAAUUCUACCUUGGUCGAAUGCUUGCUUCGUGCCGGCGCAGUCUUGUACUGCAAGACUAAUAUUCCGCAAACGCUCAUGGCCCUGGACUCUCACAACAACAUCUUUGGUCGUACCAUCAACCCUCUCAACACUGCUGUUACUGCAGGUGGAAGUUCUGGCGGUGAAGGAGCCUUGGUUGCGAUGCGUGGAUCCAUCCUAGGAGUAGGCACGGAUGUUGGCGGUAGCAUCCGGAUCCCGGCCAUGUGCGAUGGGACAUUCGGUGUCAAGCCAAGCUGGGACCGUAUACCUUACGCUGGUCAAGAAGGUGGUGCACUACCUGGUGCAUCUAAGAUCGGCAUCCCUGCCAGUGCAGGACCACUCGCUCACAGCAUGCGCGAUAUCGAGCUCUUUUUCAGCGCAAUAUCCGCACAACAGCCUUGGACUACAGACGCAGACGUUGCACCCUUGCCAUGGACGCCCUCUUCUUCUCUCCCAAAGAAACUCAGAAUCGGUAUUGUCAGACGUGACGGAGUCAUCGACCCCCAUCCGCCCAUCGCCCGCCUCUUAGACGAAGUAAAAUCCAACCUACAGAAUUCUGGAGUCCAAGUCGUGGAAGCUGACAUUACAUCGCUCUUCUCGCAGUGCCAGUCCCUUGCCAACGCUCUCUUCGGCGUCGAAGGUGGAAACGCCAUGCUUGACCUUCUAGAAUCUUUCAACGAGCCGCUUUCCCCAUGGCUCGCCACGCGCCUCAAGCGCAAGAAGCACAUGGAUCUGAAACAAGUCCAGCAACUCCACGGCAAGCGCGAUGCGUUACGCAAGCAGUUUCUCAAAAUCUGGAAAGAUGAACAUGGCGAUAUGGACGCGUUUGUCUGUCCAGUUGCGCCGCAUCCCGUGCCGCCGAUUGAUCGGUACAAUGGCGUUAGCUACACGAGUUCCUUUGUUUUGCUGGAUUAUCCCGCUGGUGUUGUGCCAGUGAGGAUAUUCGAGGAGAAGGAUAUGCAGGGGGAGAUGGAGGGUGGGAAGCCGUUGGGGAGUUGGGAUAAGGCGAAUCGCGAGUUGUGGACUGGCUUUGAUCGGUCGGUUUACUUGGGGACGCCGCUUUGUGUGCAGGUCGUGGCACCGAGGUUGCAGGAGGAGAAGCUGGUGCAGGCUAUGGCUGCUAUUGAUGAUGCUGUAAGAGGAAAGAGGACGACGACAGCGAAAUUGUAG